CAACCCCAAACCACGAGCUCGAUCUCCUCCAAUGAAAGAGGUACCACAGGGUGUAGGCAGGUUGCCAGGCGAGCUCGGCAGCGUGACCGCACUGCAUUGAGUUUCUUUAAUGAAAGCCAGGAAAGAACACAUUACACAGUGUUUCUUCUGAGAGCCAGCGAGCCUCCAGUGAUUGAAAUCAAUAAAAACAGUCGGCAAGGGGCCCAGUGGGGGAAGAGAGAAAUCUCCACUACAGCAUUCAGUUUGCUUUCCACUUUCUCCCUCCCCCUCGAAAGUUAAACUCCGAAGAUCACCAUGACAAGCUACUUCGCUUCCAGCGCUGGGAAGACGCUGGUGGGGAUUUAAAGGAAGCGAGCGCUUUCCUUCGCCUCCCUGCCUUCGCUCUCCCCCCGGCGCGAAGGAAAUGAAAGGCUUGUUUGGAAUUUGAAUCCCGCCUGGAAAAACUUCAUUGGACAAGUGCAUCGUUCUGCAUUUCAGGAAAGGGAUGGAUUUUACGGUCAGAGAACGCUAAAAGGUGAAAGGGGGAAGAAAAGCAGGAAUCUGAUCCAGCCGGAGCCCACGAACAGGGUAGGAUGUCCAAGCCGGCGGAGGGGACCUCUGGAGCUGCGGGACGGACUGUGAGCAAGUGCCUGAGAUCACCCACAUCCUGAGGCACCUGGAACGCUGGGAACACGUGACGGACACACCAACCCAGUGGCUCCAUCUCAGACUGACAUUCUCCUGGGCUGCACCUCGUAAAAGCUGGUAACCAGCAAAGACGACACAAAAGCUAAAAUCACUAUGUGGAGCUGUGAAGCCUUAAUCAACAGUACUGAGAACAGUGAGGACCAGCAUCUCUGCCAUGACUUCGACCUUGUGCUUUCCAUCUUUUCCCUUCUCUACCUCAUUAUAUGUUUCCCAAUUGGCCUUUGUUACAAUGGCCUGCUGGUCCUAGUUAACCUCUACAACAAAGCUACUAUGACUAUGCCAGAUGUUUACUUUGUCAACAUCGCCAUUGCCGGCCUCAUCAUCAACACUCUGGCACCAAUGUACCUGCUGGGUCUUGCCAAUACAAAAUGGGCCAUCUGGAAUUCCAACAAUGAAGUUUAUAUUACCUUCCUUAUUUUAUUCAACGUCUCAUCAUUAGUUACCAUGUACUCUACCACACUGCUCAGUCUGGACUACUACAUCGAGCGAGCCCUGCCCAGGACUUACAUGUCCAGUGUGUACAACACCAAACACGUCUGUGGGUUCAUCUGGGGCGGGGCCAUGCUCACAAGCUUUUCAUCUCUCCUGUUCUAUGUCUGCAACCACGUGUCCACCAAAAUAAUCGAGUGUUCCAAGAUGCAGAACCAGGAGGCAGCAGAUGCCAUCAUGGUGUUCAUCGGGUACGUCGUUCCCGCCAUCGCCGUUCUCUACGCGCUGACGCUGAUCCUGCGGAUCCGCAAGGAGGCCACGCCACUGGAUCAGGACACUGGGCGCUUGGAUCCCUCAGUGCACAGGCUGCUGAUUGCCACAGUCUGCACACAGUUCACCCUCUGGACACCCUAUUACGUUAUUCUCUUGGUAAGCACGUUUACUAACCUACGAGGAAGAAUUCCAGAUGUAAAUUCCAUUCAAAUAUUACACUUUGCCACGAUUCUGUCAAAAUUCCUGGCUUUUUCCAGCAGCUUUGUCAUGCCUCUGCUCUACAGAUACAUAAACAAAAACUUUCCCAACAAAUUACGACGUUUGCUUAAAAAGAUACACUGUGGGAACCAGGGGUGUUCUCACGAGCGCACAGUGGUACAGCAGGUCAUGACAUAGGUGUGACACAACCCCUGGUGCUCUGCGAUGGCAGCACUGGCUGCUCAGUGCUGGGACUGUGACGCUGCUGUGCUGGCACUCAGAGACAUGUGAGAGUCCCAACCAAGAGGCUGGAAGGAGCUUCCAUUGCAGUUGAAUGCAAGAGUCUUAAUUUUCCAGUAGUUGUUUGCUGAAGUGGUGUGAGGCUCUGUGUGCUGCAUUACCUGUGACAUCAGAUACCUUCAGUGCACUGAACUGCUGACAGAGGAUAAACUCUGUUUUCAUGGCUCUGAUCUUCCUCUCUGAAGAAAUCACUAAGCAGUUUAUUGAAGUCUUGACUGAAGACACAGCACCUUGUAUCUUGUAUAGAAAAAGGUAUUACCUUGUUUUCUGUACAAAGAAGUGAUAGUGCUAUCCUUGAUGAAGUAAAUAGCAUUUUUCAAUGAAGAUUCUAUAGUUGAUCUUUACUGAAGAUCAUAUUACCCAAUUAUACAUGUCCAAAUAGUAAAUGUUAAUUAUAAAUUAAAUUAUUUAAUUUCUUUCUCCAUCACUGAUUCCCCCUCUAAAAGAAGCCUAAUUUACUUUUUUCAGAAAUUAUUUUCUCACACAAACUAACCUGUUUUAACAUUUACGGUGAAGUGAUUUUUCUUUUAGCUACAACAAAUAACAAAAAUGUGUUUUAGUUUUCCAGUGCUUUGUUUGUAUCCUAAAACAUUUCAGGAAUUCAGAAAUAUUUAUUAACUAAUUCUGACGGAACUCAGAGAUGUUUGUUCCACAUACUAAAAUGAAGGACACAGUGGUUUACAAAGUUAAAUCAGAAUUUAACUAGCAAGGAUUGUCUGGCUAAGUGUUAUGGUCCACAUAUGUUCAUGUAACAAGAGUAAUUAUCUUAAAAAAUAAAUAUGUUUAUGAUUAACAUUUUGUAUUUCCAAGGGAUAUGUUUGCAACAAAUAAAUUAAACUCUCUUUAAUCUAGGUCAUCACUGGAGGUUUGGAAACAAUAUAAAAUUCCUCAAUACAGGAAUCCCAGUCAGCAUCAGCUCUUUGCUGACCUCUCAAAAAAGCCUUCCAUUGGUAUUCUUGGAUACACAGUAAAGAAUUUCACUGAUUAUAUGAAAUACAUGAGAAACACAGACAUGGUGCAGGAUGCACAUACACAGUUACAACAAGCUACAAAGCACUGACCCAAAAACUACCUGUUCUUGUGCUACUGUUGCAUUAUUGACAGGAGGGGACAGGAGGGGGGUGCAAGUGGAGCUGAUGUUCUCCCACUGGUGUGGGGCCCCAAGACAUUUUUGUCACUUGACUCAUGCUACAGCAUCAUUUUAUUGCUUAAUCUGUCACAGCACAACUCAAAUUCCACAUGACAUCAUUUAAAAAAAUGUGACUUUUCAAGCUUCUGGUAUAGAAAAAAACAUGGAGCAAGAUCAGAACUGAACCUUCCCAUUGCUUAGAGCACAAUCUGGUCUGAUAACUGGUCCCAGUCUGUCAGCAGAGACACAUACUGAAGUUCUAUGUGAAAAGAACUUUCUGAGGAACAGAUCUUUCAGAUUUUUUCCCAUCAAGCAAUUUCUUCCCUUAGUCAUCUUUGCUUAUCUUCUUUAUAUACAACCAUCUCUAAGUUAUCAACAUCCUGGUGGAAGAUUUUCCAUUAACCUUUUUUUUUAAGAGCUUUUCAUGUUUUAUUGAAUAUUUUAAACCCUUAAAGCCUACAGAGUAAAUAAUCUAUUUCUGUGGUGUUUUCAGUUUUAGCCUGUUGAUGAAAACCAUGUUAAGGACUUAAGCUGUUCCUUAUUGCUGUGUGCAACUCAUUCUUUAGUGCCUCUCUGCUGACACACAUGAUACUGGCUGCUUUCUUGGUUUUGUCCACCUUGAGAGAUUUUCUAUGAAUAUCUGCACAUCUUGAGCACUCAAGCUCACUUUCACACAGAAGUGCUUAAGAAAAAAAUCUUUCCUUACAGCUGUCAAGCAAACAGACUCCUUCUUCCCAUCUGAGGAAAAUUAGGUUUCUUAAUGCACCACAUGAAAUCUCUCACGUAAAAUCUGUUAAAGAAAUUCUGUGCCAUUAUGCAGGAGGAGUUCCAGCAGGGAGGAACUGGCUUAUCUGGUGUGAAUAGAGGCUUUCAGAACUGGGACACUGCCAGAACAGUGCAGCUGAGCAGGCAACUUUAAGUGCAAUUUCAACUUCCAUGUUGCUUCCUUACUUCCAUUUCCUCCUUCUCUUAAGACAUCUUAUUUUCUGUCUCUAAAAGAACUGUUGCCUAUAUUUCUGUUCCUUUCUCUCAGUGUUAAAUUCUCAGUUUCAGAUCAUAGCUCUUGUGUCAUUUCUCUUUAUUAUUUUUCACUUCUCUGCACAAUUUAACUCUCAUUUCUCUCCCAUCCCUGCUUGUCUUGCACACCUGGUACCGUUCAAUGCUCAUGUUUACUUCAUCACACUGACUCCUUUAUGAUGAUCCAAAUCUUACUCAGUGAUUCAACAUUACAAAUUUAUGUAGUAAAAUGGAAGCUGCUAUUUAAGAGAUGUAUAAAGACAGAUUUUUAUGGAACUUACCCGUGGGGCAUCCAAUCUGAUUUUUUCCUAAUCUGUUUUACUGCAACAGAGCUAUGGAUGUUUGUCUGUAUACUUGAUAAACACUAAAUGUGAUGGCAAUCAUAGAUACAAAAACUUGGAUAAUUUAAUGAACAAGACUGCUAUCCACUCAACCUCUUAGAAAAGUUAAUUUGAUUUAUUAGUUGCCUCAAAGAAACUGUGCUGUGGAUCUGCCUUGCUGCUGUUCUCCUGAGGGAAUUCUGAACUUAACUGCAGCACCCUUACCUUUAUCUCUUAAAAAUCAUCAUCUCAAAAAGAGAGAUCUUUGCAGUGUUUAUAUAAAGAACAGUAGAGGAGCAAGUGCAGUAAAAUACUUAAGGAAAUACAAGGUAUCAUAAAUAAGGAAGAACUUUUAUGGACAAACGUUUAAUACACAAAGUUCUUGAGAACAGGCCUUUCCAUUUCAAAUACCUGAAGGUUGCUGGUGACUGUAAAUAGGGGCUUAUCUAUUACACAUUUAAAUAGAUAUGAAUAAAAAUACUGUAUAUGUGCAAGAUAAAAAUCAGCCUACUGAUGUAAAAAGAAUCUGCAAAGAGUUUAUUAAAUUAUUUCUAAAAGUGUGUCAUUUAAAUGUAAACCUCUGAACAGGAAGGUGUACUGUAUUCUUCUGUAUGUAUAUAAUGUGUACUAGAAAGUAAGCACUAGUUAAGUGCCAUUAUUAACAGUGUUAUUUUCUCACAAAAUUAAACUUAAUAUUUGAAUUGAUUUACGGCUUACAGCCCUCUUGCUGAACUGCUAAUUAAGUCAAAUCAAUGAACUAAAAAAAUGUCAUGCUCUGCUUCUGUCUGAGUUUUUAACACAGCUAGCUCAAGACAGGUCCUUGUUGACCAACUUAGUAGAGGUCUUAGUUUCAAAAGUUUACAUUUCAGAAUCAAAUUUUGUUGGUCUAAGAAGAUUCAAUGAAAGAAGGUGAUCAGACACUAUAAAAUUCCUGGUUCUGUUACAAUAAAGAGAUGUGGACUCCAAUAUCAUGUCCAAAUACUAUAGAAAAGGACUUUAUGGAAAGCUCCAUAAAGGAAGUAUUGACUCAUAAUACAUUCUCAAUAAAAAGUGUUCAAGUGUU